ACAGUCUGUUCGCGCAACUGAAACGCGAAGGUUGUCGUCGUCGAGUGCGCGCACGUCUCUCGGUCUCACGGUUAGCCGCUGGCGAGUUCUCAGUUUCAAAUAGAGAAUUUAUUAUAAAAGUUCUUUCAGUUUUUUGGCCAACUAACUAACGUUUGUUUGGGGCCCGUCGACCAAGUCAAAGCAAACAGCAACAUCAAGUAUUAAAAAAGCCAAAUCGCGCCACAGGCACAUAUGCAAAUUCACAGGAAAAGCCGUACACACACAGACAUCUAGACUAGCUGUUGGCCAUAGAGGAGCUGCCGUAGAUACAAUUGCCAGAUAAGUUCUACUCCCAGCACAUUUCCGCACUCUGCACAGUGGGACGAAACUGUGUACGCCUGUUUGUUUACUGUGGCAACUGGAAACUGGAACUUGCACUCACCACUCGCCACUCGGACUCAGACGUGCCAUAAAGAUGCCAGGCAUAUAGCGCAUAUGCUUGCCACAGGCCAGGCCAAAUAUAAAUAUAAAUAUAUCCAAGCGUAAAGUGCUGAGCCACAAUAUUAUUAUUAUUAUAUUUGGAGUGUGUGCAGCGCGUUGUGCAAUCCCGCAAAAUACAUUCUAAUAAAAUAGCCAGACAGCAGAACUUGCCAUAAGAAAGAUUAAGUAAAAGAUUCGAACGGGAUCGAGCUGCAAGAGCCAGCUGAGGUGUCGAGUGCAUCCCCAGAUACAGAUAUCCGACUCCUUUACUCUUCCUCCCAGCACGUGUGAGUCGACAUAGACGUAGGUCGUGGCCAAGGUGUUCAAAGGCAAACGGAGCGGCAGCCGCAACGAGGUGUACACAUUCGGCACCAUGGAGGGCGGUUACGUAAACGAAGCCAUCAUAUCCUAUCCCAACUUGCAAAAUUCAUCAAUCUAUGCGCCAACAACAACAGCGAACGCUAGUACCGCCAUAGAGGUAGCUCCUGCUCCAUCAUCCGCAUCAGCAUCGCCAUCAGCACCACCAAAAAGCUCAUCAUCCGAUUCAUCCACAACGCCAGCUUUGGGCGUGGCAGCUGGUCGCCCGUUUCAUGGACUUGUUACGAAAUUGCGUAAUUUAAAGUUUGACGAUUCAAAAAAUAUUCGAAAACGUUUACAUUUCGAUUUUAUAUCAAAGGACAGAUUUUUGGGUGGUCAGCUUAAGACCAAGAAUGGACAGAAAUACGUUUUUAAUGGGCCACCAUCGGGUGUUUAUGUGUCCAGGACCUGCCUGGUCAUUUCGGCAUUCAUAAUGGUGGCAGCUCUAAUAUCCUCUGUGCUUAUCACCUACUUCCUUACCUCUCAGAGCCUGCCCGCGAUUGUGCCCAGCCCCAGCGCCCAGGCCCACUCCAAGGACUCGCAGAGUCAUGAAAACGAUGCAACGAGCGAUUCGCACGCGAAUGCAACGCCCUUGGCGAGUGCCAAGUUCGAUAUACCCGAUUGGCUGCAGCAGAAGAAGAAACCCACAACUUCAAAGCCAGAGCUGCCCGUGGUGGUGCCGCCCGUGGGUGACAUAGCCCAGCCAGAGGAGACGCUGGAAACCCAAGCAAAGUCUGUGGAACGCCCCCUGCAACUGUUUGAGGGCUGGCGUCCACUACACUACAGAAUUGUCAUUGAGCCAAAUAUUGAGUCGUCCGCCAGCAAUGGCAGCGUUACCAUCGAAAUCGAACGAGACGCCAAGGUGACCAGCUGGGAGCCGAUUGUCCUGGAUGUGUACAAUGUCACCAUAUCGAAUGUGCGAGUCAUACGAGCUCCCAUUGCCAACGCUAGCGAGGAGGUGGAACUGGACUUUGACAGCGACUACGGGGAUAACAAUGCCACGUUUGUAGUUAGACUGGCCAAGGAUUUGGCGACGGAGUCCAAACUACGUCUGUGGCUGAGCCUGGACUUUGUCAGUCAGGUGACGGAUACGCUGCAGGGCAUCUACAAGACCAGCUACACCAAUCCAGAGACCAAGCAGUUGCAAUGGGUUAUUAGCACCCAGUUCUCGCCGAUUGAUGCGCGUCGUGCCUUUCCCUGCUUUGAUCGCCCCGAUAUGAAGGCCAACUUCACCAUAAGCAUCAUUCGAGACGUUAAGAAGACCAUGUGCUUGUCAAACAUGCCCAAGGCACGCAGCAGCCCCCAUCGCCCCGGCUUUAUACGCGAUGAUUUCAUGACCACGCCCAAAAUGCCAACCUAUCUGUUGGCCUUCAUCGUGUCCAACAUGAUUGACUCACGCUUUGCCGAUCUCGAUGGCAGCCUUGUGCCGCGCGUGGAGAUUUGGACACGACCCACUUUUGUGGACAUGACCCACUAUGCCUAUAAGAUGGUUCGCAAGUUCCUGCCAUAUUACGAGGAAUACUUUGGCAUCAAGAACAAGCUGCCCAAGAUCGAUCUCGUUUCGGUGCCGGACUUUGGUUUUGGCGCCAUGGAGAACUGGGGUCUUAUUACCUUCCGUGACUCUGCGCUGCUGGUGCCAGAGGAUCAGGAGCUGGCCUCCUCGUCGGAGCACAUGCAGUACGUGGCACAGAUCAUAGCCCAUGAGCUGGCCCAUCAAUGGUUUGGCAAUCUGGUCACGCCCAAAUGGUGGGAUGAUCUCUGGCUGAAGGAGGGCUUUGCCUGCUACAUGAGCUACAAGGCGCUGAACCAAGUGCAUCCCGAGUUCCAGAUUAUGGAUACGUUCACAGUGCUUGAAUUCAAGGAAUCUAUGCAACAUGAUGCGGCCAACACUUCCCAUGCCAUUUCCUUCGAUGUGAAGACCACCAACGAUGUGCGCCGCAUCUUUGAUCCUAUUAGCUACUCCAAGGGCACAAUAUUGCUACGCAUGCUGAACUCCAUUGUGGGCGAUGAGGCGUUCCGUGCAGCCACACAGGAUCUGCUGCAGACAUUUGCCUACGAGAACAUGAAUCGCGAUGAUCUCUGGGCGUUCCUCACGCGUCAUGGCCACGCCAAGGGCACCCUGCCCAAGAGCAUGAAUGUCAAGCAGAUCAUGGACUCCUGGAUAACACAACCCGGCUACCCGGUGGUGCAUGUGGAGCGUAAUGGUGCCGAUUUGGUGCUGCGUCAGGAGCGUUAUUUGUUGCCCGCACGAAAUCCGUUGGAUCACAGCCACUGGUUCAUACCCAUCACCUACGAGACGGAUGAGCUGCACAAGGGCGAUAAUAUACCCACACACUGGAUGACCCAGGAGCAGGAGCAGCUGGUGAUCAGCGAUGUGUUCACCAAGCAGGACAAUAGCGACAACGUUGUCUAUUUGAACCUGAACAGGCAGAGCUACUAUCGCGUCAACUACGACCUGACUUCCUGGCUGGCACUGAAGAAAAACUUCAGCACACUGCCACGCAUCACACGCGCCCAGCUGCUGGACGAUGCACUGCAUCUGUCGCAGGCGGAGUAUCUGCCAUACGAUAUACCCUUGACUUUCUUAAUGGAGCUAUUCACAGCCGUGGACGAUGAGCUGCUAUGGAGCGCAGCCAAGCCGGGUCUCAACUAUCUCAUCUACAAUCUGAAGCGGGAGCCGGCCUAUGAGACCUUCAGGGCCUUUAUGAAGUUCAUAGUGCGCCCCGCCUUCGAUCAUUAUGGUCUCAAUGAGCCAGACAAUGAGUCGCACCUGCAGCUUAAGCAUCGGGCUCUGGUGGCCAAUUUCGCCUGCAAAUUCAACUACGAUCGCUGCACACAGGUGGCCCAAAUGAAGUUCCGCGAAUGGAUGCGCGAUGCCAAAAAGAAUCCCAUCAAGCCCAAUCUGAAAUCGGUUAUAUAUUGCACGGCGUUGGCGGAGGGUUCCUAUCAAGAAUGGUACUUUGCCUACAAGCAGUACAAACGGACGAAUAGCGCCUCGGAAAAGGAGGAGAUACUCACAUCGCUCGGCUGCACCACCAAGCCCUGGCUGCUGUCCAAAUAUCUAAAUUUGACUAUCAAUUCGACGUCGGGCAUCCUGAAACAGGAUGGCGCCUUGGCUUUCCGAGCUGUGGCCUCCAAUGCGAUUGGCUAUGAGAUUGCAUUUGAUUUUUUGCAGACCAAUAUCAAGGAAAUUGCGGACUACUAUGGCGAUGGCUUCUCCACCAUAUCCGAGAUGAUCAAAUCCCUGACCAUCUACAUGAACAAGGACUAUCACAAACAGCAGCUGCAGGCAUUGACCGCCAAUUGCCGCAAAUUGGGCCUGAAGGCCGUAGAAUUAGCUAUUGGCUUGGCCAUGGAGCAGGUCAAUGAUAAUAUCUAUUGGCGCACCCACUCUUAUGACAAUCUCAAAGGUUUCCUCGAGGGCAUUGUCAGCGAGUUCCAGAUCAACAUCUUUUAAGCAACAUAACUUAUACUUAGUUUUGCAGCUUUUCAACCAAAAACAGAAAGAAAGGAAAAUCAAACGCGACUUUAUUAUUCAACAGCCUCAAUAUAAUUUAAUUUAUUAAAAGAAAAAAAACGAAUUAUUUGCGAAAAGUGAUAUAAACUUGUAAGUUAGCAAACUUAGUUAAGAUUAAAAACCUAUUAUACUUUUUGCAAGUGUAUUUUGUAUAUUUAUUUAUUUUAUAAGUCAGUCGUUCGUUUGCUUCAUAUACUGUAAUUUAUUUUGAUUUUUUUUCGUAUCGUUCCUAUUUAAAAAAAAAAAAAAAACAACAAGCGCGAUCACAAUGGUAAAAAAAAGGUUAAGAAUAGAGUUUAUUUGCAUUAUCAGAACAAUAGCCAUCACCUCAUUCCGUUUGGAAAAAGUUAAAAUAUUUAAUUUUUAUUUAGCACGCUUCCUAAUGCUGCUUGGGUAAAAUCUUAACACUUACGUAUGUUACUGUCAUAUAAUAUAAAAAAGAAAAGAAAAAAAAAUAAAAACAGAAACAAUUGAAACUAUACUACUAAGAUCUUUAGCACUAAGUUACCCAAAAAAAAAGAAAAAUAUUCGAAACUUGUAUUAAACCAAUUGAACUUGAGAAAAAUGCCCAAGAGCACAGAUCUUAGUUUAUUUUUGCUACUACAAGUGGUGGAUGAUAGAUGGAAUAUGCUGCCUUAGUUGGUGGGUGCGAAAAAAGAGUGUCCUUAACGCAAGGUAUAAAGUAUUGCGAAAGUAAAACCUACAUAUUUAACUUAUUAACGUAGAAGUUAUCUAUUAUGUAUUUUGUAAUGCCUAACACUAAAUGUAUUCGCUUAGUGCACAACCAUGUAAAUAAGUUUUAAAGCAUAUUUAACUAAAAAA